AAAGAUCUAUGAGAAGAUCUCAAAAGACAUGUCAGAGAGAGGAUACAGCCGGGAUGCAACGCAGUGCCGCGUGAAAAUCAAGGAGCUGAGACAAGGCUACCAGAAGACCAAAGAGGCAAACGGACGCUCCGGAUCCCAUCCCCAGACAUCCCGUUUCUACGAGGCACUGCAUUCCAUCCUCGGUGCGGCCGCCACCACUACCCCACCACUGACCGUGGACUCUGAGGAUGGGAUAUUGUCCACGGCCGGUUCCUCGGACAUGUUAGCGGACGGGGAAGAUGAGGAAGGAGAUGAGGAGGGCGAGGCAGUCGGCAGCGCUCACAACGCUGAUUUCCCCGACAGCCAGGAUCUCUUCAUCACCCUUACAGAGAUCCCCUACGAAGCGUCCCCAGCCGUUACCCCGGACACAGAAUCUGGGGAAGGAUCAGCCACCACAUCUGCGACUGUCUCACAACGUAGCCUGGCAUCACACUCCCAGAGGCUAGCGAAGAUUAGGCAUAGGAAGAAGAGGACACGGGAGGACAUGUUCUCUGAACUUAUGGCCUGUUCCCAAGCCCAGGCAGCACAGCAGACCCAGUGGCGGGAGAAAUUGACCCAAAUGCAGCAAGCAAACAUGGAUCGGGAGGAGAGGUGGCGGCAGGAAGACCAGCAGGCGACUCAAACGCUGCUUGGACUACUGAGGGAGCAAACAGACACACUCCGGCGCCUUGUGGAUGUUCUGCAGGAACGGAGGCAGGAGGACAGAGCCCCGCUGCAGUCCAUCUCUAACCGCCCUCCCCCGCCACCAAGUCCCAUACCCAUCUCACCCAAAGUGCAAAGAAGGAGAGGCGGAAGAUCCUCCAUGUAUAAGGUCAGUCAGCAAGUUUCUCAUACACAUCAUGACAUAGGUGUCCGGGAGGACAGAGAAGAGGAUGUGGCAGUAGUCAAGGUGGGAGAUGAGGGCCUGGAUGAGAUUGUUCAUGGUGGGGAUAGAGGAUGGAUUGUAGAGAUGCUGAAGAAGAGCAGCAAGAUUUGGUGCCUCUUGGAGGGUGGUAUAGACUUGGCAGACGCCACCCAGCUGAUGUGGCUUAUACCUGUUGCCAUAACCACAGAUUAUCCAGAUGUAGACUGGCGCUUUUGGAGGGGGGCCACAAGCACAGACUGGUGGGGAUCACAUCAUCAUGCAGACUUGGAACGAGCAGCAGUUGCUCUAGAAAUUUUUCAUGAAGAAGCCAGCGUCCCUGGAGCUUUGUGA